UUUUAAAAUUGAGAACGCGACCAAUACAAAAAGGCUGUACUGUUAUCAUUCAUAUCUCAUAUCCAAAACCACUGAUUCAGUGUGAUCCCUUUCGUUUCUCUCUGCACACUUCAUCGUCUCGAGAUUAAAGACAGUCUUUUGCUUCUGAAGCUGAGAGAACGGGACCGUGAGGUGGUUUAAGUAUGAGUUCUCGGAGUGAGAGGGUAGUUACCAGAAGCUCAAGAAGGUCACAACAGGUGAACAAUGUGAAUGAGACACAAAGUGAGCAACCAAGAGCUGGACAAACUCCAAUUGUGUCUGGUCCACCGACAAUUGAUGUUGAUGCCAUUGAGGAUGAUGAUGAUGUUGUUGAGUCAACUGCUUCUGCUUUUGAUCGAGCUAAAAGACACAAGUCCGGAGGCUCACAGCGAGGAGGACCCUUACUAGUUGAUGUAGAGUCAGGUGGUACCACUAGACUAAGCAAGAACCGCACAAAGCGUCAGUCUGAUCAAGCUAAUGUUGGGCUUAACAAUCCGAGGAAGUCUAAGACCGUAGCUCCUCCUGUUGAGGAACCAAAGUUCAACUGCCCAAUUUGCAUGUGUCCAUUCACCGAGGAGGUCUCAACAAAGUGUGGUCAUAUCUUCUGCAAAAAAUGCAUAAAGCUUGCGGUGUCAGUUCAAGCUAAAUGCCCUACGUGUAGAAAAAGGGUCAUUGCUAAAGACCUCAUUCGAGUCUUCCUUCCAACCACCAGAUGAGUGAUCCACAGAAACAUCACUAGUAAGUAAGGUUUGAAAUGGUCUAACUCUAUCGGCGCCUACCCUUGAGAAGACUGAUGUGGGAACAGUGAAGAACAUGUUUGUUCAUGAGUUAUCCUUUUGUAAUGUGAAUACCGUUCUGCUUAGUGAGAGAAACGUUUAGGAACCAAUGAAGAAAUCUUUAGAUGUAUAUCAUCAGUAUCUUGUUAAUCUGAGCGACUCUUUAUUGUUGAGAUACAUGGUUGAAUCUUAAGAAAGCAUUCUGCAUCGGUGCGCUAUUACAGUCUCA